CAUCCUCUGCAUUUCCCCAACAGGGUACCCCUAGCACACCUGCACCCUGCACCCAAACCUUCUUCUCUCUCCCACCCUGCGAGAGCCGAGCGACCCCACUCUUCCCACGCCAUGUUCCGCCGAGCCACCGGCCUCCUGGCCCGACGCUUAAUGUCCUCCUCCGGGUCCAGGGCUAGGCCAUACUCGACCGAUCUCCCGGCGGCUCCCACUGAGGAUUCAACCUUCGUGGAGGCCUGGAAGAAAGUGAUACCAAACAUAGAACCCCCCAAGACCCCUCUCUCCUUCAUGAAGCCUCGUCCUGCUACUCCCUCAUCCAUCCCUUCCAAGCUCACCGUCAAUUUCGUUCUCCCGUAUGCCUCUGAGCUGUCCACCAAAGAGGUUGACAUGGUCAUAAUACCAGCAACAACGGGGCAGAUGGGUGUUCUUCCUGGACAUGUAGCAACGAUUGCAGAGUUGAAACCUGGCGUCUUGUCAGUGCAUGAAGGGAAUGAAGUGAAGAAGUAUUUCAUCAGCAGUGGCUUUGCUUUCAUCCAUGCGAACUCAUAUGCAGAUAUUGUUGCCAUCGAGGCUGUCCCUGUUGAUCAAAUUGAUCCAAGCCUUGUUCAGAAGGGACUUGCAGAAUUCACCCAGAAGCUGAGCUCGGCCUCAACUGACUUGGAGAAAGCUGAAGCUCAAAUUGGAGUUGGUGUGCACAGUGCUCUCAACUCGGCGCUGACAGGCUAGUGUUACAUAUAAUUGUGCCUUCCCCCCCCCCCCCCCCCCCCCCCCCCCCCCCCCCCUUCCCUUCUUUUCUCUUGAUUUAGCGAUUCUCUCACUUCUUUGACUUCUUUAAGGCUACCCCCCAUUGACGCUUUUGAUUUGUCUCCUUGAACCAAUACUACUCGAGACAUUUGGUUCAUCUACUUCUGUGUUGAAUGUGGGGUUGGUGGAAAUAAUCUUUGAAUAUGUAUUCUGGCAUUCAAAACUUGGAGCAGAACUUCGAGGAACAAGAAAAGUUUCCUUUCUUUGUUUCUUUUAUUCA